AGCGCGCAGCCGUCACGGAGAGAAACACAGAGAGAGAAACGGAGAAGAAAGGAUUCAAAGGAAGAACGCGAGAGAGGAAGGAGAAGAAGAAGUUCAGAAUUUCGUCAUCACGGCUGUUCUUGGAACACUCUGGUGGGAUCUCCACCACCAGCAAGAGAUAGAAGUGUCGUCGCAAGUGGAGAAGAUUCAAAAGAAGAAGUGGAACCAUUUGGUGGUGGAGAAAAGGAUCCCAUCCCCUCACGGUGGUAGAGGCGCUUUACCUUCUGAAGGCGGUAGUCCAUCUGAUCUCCUAUUCCUUGCAGGCGGUGGUUUUCUUCCUCCCUUCAACCUUACCCCUUCGUCGAUCUCUUCUAUCUUCAAUCUCGUCGACGAACAGGGGAUUUACUAACCCAAACCUAACCUAACCCUUUCUUUUAGCUUUAGCUUCUCUAACAAACGCUUUCUAGUCCCAUCUUCUUCGUUUGCUUUCAUCAAUCUUUGAGAUGUUGACCAUCAAAAGGGUUGCAACCGUCGUCUCCAAUUUCCAGGACGAAGCCCUCCGAUCAUCCGGUUGCGGCCGCAAUUGCCUUGGCAAGUGUUGCCUUUCUGGAUCGGAGAUCCCUCGGUAUUCUUUCAACAGAGAUGGGGCCGAUUCGAUGAAAGGCAAGGCUGUGGCGGUGGGCUUGUCUGAGGAAGAAGAAGAGAGCGCUGAGAUAUCGUUCCUUGACACCUUACUAUUGGGACAGUGGGAGGACCGAAUGAGCCGAGGGCUCUUCCGCUACGAUGUCACCACCUGUGAGACCAAGGUUAUCCCCGGCCAAUAUGGAUUCAUUGCGCAGCUUAACGAAGGUCGCCACUUGAAGAAGCGACCUACCGAGUUCCGCGUUGACAGGGUUCUGCAGCCCUUCGAUGGGAACAAGUUCAAUUUCACUAAGGUUGGCCUGGAGGAGGUGCUCUUCAGGUUCGAACCCAGCGAUGAUGGGAAGACCAUCUACGUCCCUAAUGCACCCAUUGAUGGUGGCGCCCAAUCACCUAGUGUUGUUGCCAUUAACGUGAGUCCCAUCGAGUACGGCCAUGUGCUUCUGAUCCCUCGUGUGCUCGACUGCUUGCCUCAGAGGAUUGACCGUGACAGUCUCCUGCUUGCUUUGCAAAUGGCCUCUGAAGCUGCAAACCCCUUCUUCAGAUUGGGUUACAACAGCUUGGGUGCUUUUGCCACCAUUAAUCACCUCCAUUUCCAGGCAUACUACUUAGCUAUCCCCUUCCCCGUUGAGAAGGCGCCGACUCUAAAAAUAACCAUGGUGAAGGGGCUGCCAGAGAGGGGAGUGGUGGUCUCCCAGCUGUUGAAUUAUCCUGUUAGGGGACUGGUCUUUGAAGGUGGAAAUACAAUGCAAGAUCUUUCUGAUGCUGUUGCCAGUUCUUGUAUUUGCAUUCAAGAUAACAAUAUCCCUUACAAUGUCCUCAUCUCUAGAUGUGGCAAACGGGUUUUCAUCUUCCCCCAGUGUUAUGCAGAGAAACAAGCACUUGGAGAAGUGAGCCAAGAACUUCUGGACACCCAAGUAAACCCUGCAGUGUGGGAGAUCAGCGGACAUAUGGUGUUGAAGAGGAAGAAGGAUUAUGAAGAUGCAUCGGAGGACUACGCAUGGAGGCUUCUCGCCGAAGUGUCUCUCUCAGAUGAGAGGUUCGAAGAGGUCAAGGCUUACAUCCUGGAUGCUGCAGUGUUGCAAGAGGCAUGCUCCGAGGCCAAAGACUCGGAUGAGGAGCAUCAAGAUGUUGUGUUCGACCCUCAUGUGCUGCCUGCCACCCAUCUUCCCCAAGAUUGUUUAGUUCUGCAGUGAAGAAGGCAAUGCCUACCUAGUAGCCCAAAAUUUAAAAAAUUUCAUCUUUUGAUUCUGUAGUAAAGAUGGCAGUAUCUACAUAUUAGCCCAAAAUUUGAAAAAUUGCAUAGUUUGCCUCUCCAGUGAAUAUGGCAGUAGCCCAGAAUUUAAAACUGCCUGAAGGGUCUGUGAUUCUGUGUAGGACAACCCUUCUGGUCUGUUUCUGUUUUUAUAGUAAUGAAAUGAAUUGUUGUAGCUGA